UAACCCCAUCAACAAUCCCGUCUGUCUUUCCCCCAAAAAUAAGCCAGUGGGAGAGGGAUCGCCGAGUAAGCCAGCGAGAUUGGAGCAGCGAGGUGCACAGCCCCUGGUUAUAAGUCCUGGGAGUGGGAGCGCAACCUGCUUGGACCCACAGCCUUUAGCUCCAAAUCGCACUGCCUCUGCUGCCUGCCUGCCUGCCUGCCUGCCUGACCUGACUGACUGAGUUUCACUCCACUUUUUACUCACUCUCUCUCCCUCUCUGUCCUGCUCCCUUGCUCCUUCCCUCCUACUUUCCACCCUGGAGAGUGAGAGCACGCAGAUUGGGAAGGUGCUCCUCAGACCUGCGUCUGGACAGCUUGAAGAAGGCACAGAGAGGAUUUUUCCCUCUUUGCUCACUUGGGUUUUCAUCCCAUCACUCACUUUUAUCCUCUCUGCCAAAAAGCACAUGGAUGGACUUUUUUUUAAUUUUUCGCCGGAGGCAGAAAAAUAAAAGUUGAACUGACAGAUUUCUCAGCCUGCAACUGAAACUCUUCUCUCUCUCUCUGUGUAUUUUUUUUGUACUUUUUUUUUUUGGUUGUUUUUUUUUUUUUUUUUCCUUCCACAUUUGUGGGCAGCACUGGACCCAUUCAAAGUGCCCGCUCUUUGCCCAGGAGGACUCCACUCCUCAGUUUUGGCUGCAUGUUUUGCUGAAUAUCUGAUGCCCUUGAAUCCCAUGGGAGACACUCGUGGCUGAAACAAGGAGGGAGGUAGAAGAGAGACCCACCUGAAGCGCACACCUUCCACCCACCCUCGCCCAGUGCACCCCCCCCCCCGACAUCUUCCUGCCCCUCAACACUCCGAGGAGAGAAAGUUCUUUGUGUUUGACUCCUGAAUCCUGGGAUGCUGGUGACCAUGCUGUUGGCUCCUGUCUGUGUGCUGCUGAUGCUCGGGGGGCGUACUCUUGCUGGAGGCUAUCCCCCCAUGCCACAAAUGAAGUACAUGCAGCCCAUGAUGAAAGGCCCGAUCGGGCCUCCGUUUCGAGAGGGCAAGGGACAUUACGUCGAUAUGCCACCUAUGAUGGAAGUGAAGGGGAUUCCAGGCCCCCAAGGAAAACCUGGACCAAGAGGUCCCCCUGGGCCACCAGGGCUUCAAGGAAAACCCGGAGUGGGCAAACCAGGUCUCAAUGGCCAACCUGGCCCCCAAGGGCCCUCAGGGUUUCCAGGCAUUGGUAAACCUGGACUUCCUGGUCUUCCGGGAAAGCCUGGGCCUAAAGGUUUGUCAGGACUCAAUGGCGAGGUUGGUCCCCGUGGUGAACCUGGUCCACGCGGUCCACCUGGGCAACCCGGCCUCCCUGGUCCAGCUGGUUUGUCCCUGAAUGGUAAACCUGGACUUCCAGGGGUCAGAGGUCCACCAGGGUCUCGAGGUGAACCAGGAUUAAAGGGUAGCUCAGGUCCACCAGGUGAGCGUGGCUUAAACGGUGAAAAUGGAAAUGGAAAGCCAGGCCCUACAGGUCUGAGAGGUCCCCCUGGACUGAAAGGUAGUCCAGGACCACCUGGUCUUCCAGGCAAUGGUAAACCAGGACUGAAAGGUUUGCCUGGACUUCCUGGUCCUAAAGGGGACAAAGGACUGCCAGGGGAUAGAGGACAACCGGGAGAAAGCGGUGCUCCAGGUCUGCAGGGGCAACCAGGGCCAAUCGGAUUAGGGAAACCUGGGCUAGACGGAGUUCCAGGAGCACCGGGACCACUGGGUCCAAAAGGGGAGCAAGGACUGAGAGGUAUUCCUGGGAUGCCAGGAACUCCUGGCUAUGGAAAACCAGGUCUGAGUGGACCAAAAGGAGAAAAGGGUCAUGGUGGAUUCCCUGGUCUCCCUGGAGAUAAAGGAGAUCAGGGAAUGAUGGGCCCAACUGGAGAGCAAGGUCUUAAUGGACUGCCAGGACCACCAGGACUUCAGGGCCCAAUGGGACUCCCAGGGAAACAUGGAGUUCCAGGACUAAAAGGCGACUUGGGCCCUCAGGGCCCUCCAGGACUGCCUGGUCUCAGAGGAGACCAAGGCUUCAAUGGACCACCUGGGAAAGUGGGAAUCCCAGGAGACAAAGGCCUUCCGGGGCCUGCUGGUGCUAUUGGGAAACCCGGACCCAAAGGUGAGGCGGGGCAUAUCGGUUUACCCGGAAACCCAGGGUUGACAGGGGCCCCUGGACCUAAAGGAGAGUCCGGGUUUGUGGGGACUCCGGGUCCCAGGGGCCAGUCAGGCAUUCCGGGUCUUCAGGGGCCGAUGGGACCGAUGGGACCACAAGGCGUCCCUGGCCCAAAAGGUGACAUUGGACUCCCAGGGCCUCCGGGACUGGGUAAGUUUGGUGAGAAGGGACCGAUAGGUCCUCAAGGUCCUCCAGGGAAGCCGGGUCCAGCUGGGCUUAAUGGCAUGCCUGGUCCUCCUGGGCCUCCAGGCCCCCCUGGUCCGGCAGGAAACGGCCAGACGGUGGUGGCAGGGCCGACAGAUUCCCAGCUGGAAGGGGGUGAAGUACCGGGGGACAGGAAGGGGCCGGCGUACAGUCAGGUUCCGCUCUCUGCCUCCGUGGCGCCGGCCUUCACCGCCAUUCUCACCACGCCGUUCCCUCCCUCCGGCAUGCCCAUCAAAUUCGACAGGACCCUGUACAACGGGCAGAACGCCUACAGCUCCGCCACCGGCAUGUUCACCGCACCACUGUCCGGCGUCUACUACUUUGCGUACCACAUGCAUGUAAAGGGAACGAGCCUGUGGGUGGCGCUGUACAAGAACAAUGUACCAGCGACUUACACCUACGACGAAUACAAGAAAGGCUACAUGGACCAGGCGUCGGGCAGCGCCGUGCUGGAGCUGAAAGAGGGAGACCAGGUGUAUAUCCAGAUGCCCUCGGAUCAGGCCAACGGCCUCUACUCCACCGAGUACAUCCACUCCUCCUUUUCAGGGUUCCUGCUCUGUCCCACAUAACCAUGUCCCUCCCUUCAACACACCUUCCUGUAUCAGCACCUCAGAGUAGCCCUCAAUCUACAAGACCUGUAGCCAUAAAUCAAAACACAACGUCCAGAAAGAUUCCGAUACUUUUUCCUCCGUCUGUAUCCGUGUCGCUCUCAAGAACAUCAGUGAAAAAAAAACUAACUUUGUGAAUGAAAUAUAGGAGAAGUUUUAAAAGGCAGGGGAAGGAUUUUUGAUACUGUGUUCUUUAUUUUCAAUGUCCUUCAAAUGUGUGUUUUGGGUUGUAUUUUAUGUUGGUGUUUUUUUGUUUUUUUUUUUUAGCGUAUAUUAUUUUAAUUAUUAUUUUGUCAUGAUGUUAUUGUUAUUAUUUGGUCCAUGUCAUCGUUGUUGUUGUUGGUCAGUGGAGUCAGACCACAAAGUGCCUUCUCCGAGUAAUGUGCUAGUAACAGAGCUUCCCAUGUGACUGCACAUCCUGCCCACGCGUUCUGACGUCAGAACGCCUUCACCAAACCCCAGCAGGGUGGAUUUGUUCGCCGGAUGCGGUCACAAACCCCAUUUUUUAAUACCUGAACCAUAAUCGUGACAAUAAAACCAAGAAACCAACACAUCGAGGUGCAUUUACAGUAUUCUGACGUACAGCGGCAAAACAAGACUGUCAUACUCUCACUUUUCAUUUUUCACUUUGCCCUUUUGGUACUUCGGACAGUUGCUAUGUUAAAAACUAUAAUGGGAUUAAAUAGUUGUCUUUAGAAUAAGAUAUAUAUUUUGAAUUUUCGUUGGCCAAAGGCUCUGUUGGAAGCUCUUUUUUUUUUUAUUAUUAUUUCUGUGUUCAAUAGCCAACCAUUUGAAAUCUGGAGUAUUUUUUCCCGAAGUAUAUUGGAUUUUCUAUUGAAUUUUGAAUCCAAUAAAAACAACCCAAAAAAUAAAUAUGACCUUAAAGUAUUAGAGGUUUAAACAUUAACUUAACAUUAAAAUUUACAGUAUCAUGCAAAUACAAGACUUAAAAAAAAAAAGAUUCAGGACAAUAUGAAUUAAAAAUGCGUAUGCAUGCAGUCAAUGUUUACAUGCCAUAGAAAAAAUAGAGAAUGCAGCUGACAAAUGGACAGAACACAUAAAGCUGGAUCAAUGGCCUGCUUCCUUUUAUUGAUCAUAUUUUUCCCAUUUGCACUGUAAAUCCAUUCACCGUGUCACAGGCAUCCUUUCCCUGAUGUCUGAUCAUAACGUCACAUUAUUUCUAAUAGCAUACUACCUAUUGAUCAACAACAAAAUGUAAUAUGCACAGGCAUUGUCACAAAGCCGAGUUCUGACACAAAGCUGAACAACUCAAACACAUCCGCGUCGUCCUUCAGUGCCAGUUCGUGUCUGACUUCUGAUUGUCGCUGGAUAAAUACAAGCAAUUUUGAAUCCUCUUUAGUUUUGAGUGAAAUGACCUUCUAUUCAUUUCCAAACCAGUUUGUGUGUGCGAGUGUGUGAAAAGAAAAAAAAAAAAAAAAAAAAGCUGAAUUACUGUUUAGCUUCAGCCACAGGAUGUUUCAGAAAUGAGUGUUCUCUAAGUGUACUGCUGGAAAUGAGAAUUGAUUUGCAUUUCCUCUAUGAAUAAGUAAAGGGACUGACUUCGGCCCGCACGUUGUGAAACACAGGUUGUGUAACGUUUAACAAAUCACUGCCAGAUUUCUGGGAGAGGUGGCAGGUCAGAGGUGAGCGCUGUGUAUUUACUCAUUUCUGCCGGGUGAAACAUGAAAGAUACACUCCUCAGCUUGUACGCUCUCGACGGUGUACUCUUCUGUCUGGCACUGCGUCAACAUGUCUUUGUGUGCGAGUGUGUGUCACACUGCUGGCCCCUUGUCAUUCAGAUCACUUCAGCAAAGAUAAUAAUAAACUCAAAUAGAGUUAAAAAACAAACAAACAAACAAAAAAAAACCUACUUAUGAAGAGUGAAUGAUCCACAAGAAAGUUCCAGAAUUCAUAUGUCUUAAUACAGUUUUUAAAGUAAGGGAAAAAGCAAUGGAAUAGAGGAUGAAUGUGACUUGGAAGUAGAGAUAGAAUAAAUGAAACAGGGAUACUGAAUGACAGCAUUACUGGUUGACACUGAACAGUCGGCGUGUUGGUCAAAUAAAUGACAACAGCGUGCAAUAAUUCGGAGUUGUGCAGAGUUGAAGAUCUACUCCAAAGUUCGGAAAAUCUCCCCCCCACCCCAAAAAAAAAAAAAAAAAAUAUUCUGGGUAAAAGUGUUUGCAAUGAACACUUG